AUGUAACCAAAGAAAAAGAGUUCUUUUUUUGACUCUAUCAAAUAAUUUUUUAAUGAUGCUCCAUCUGAUGAAAUUAUUUAUAAUGAAGCAACUUCCUCAUUGCCUACAGAAACUAAAUAAUCUAAAUAAAGUUCAUAACAAAGUACAAAAGGAAGAUCUAGUGAUCCUAAUGUUUUCAAAAUUGAUAACGAAGAAGAAGCAAAUCAAAUUUAUAAUGAUGAAGAAGAGGAUUCGGAACAAUAAACAAUGAGUGAAAUGCAAAAAGAGUACAAAAUAUUAAUCCUUUAUAAUUUUAAAUAAGUUGGUAAACCCUUAGAUUCUGGGUAUUAGAAAAAAUAAAUCAUCAAUUUUCCACCUGGCAGUACAUUUAGAGUAAUUAAACCAAUAAAAACACAUAAAUCAUUAAUGGAUUAUUUGUCUUCUGAAACUGAAAGGUAUUUGGCUUUGGAUGGAGGCUGGAUUUACUUUUUUUAAUUAAUCAGCAAAGAUAAAUAUUUAGUGAGUUCUGCAAAUUCUUUGAAUAAUUUAAGCUAAAUAUUAAUUAAGAAAAAUGAAGCUAAACCUACAUUUAGAUUUAUUUUUACUACUAAAUAAAUUAAAAGAUUUUAUUUAGUUAAUAUAGAAUAAUAAGAUUUGUUAUUUUUAAAACUAAAAACUGAAUGCUAGAAACACGGAAGAUCAUUUAAUUAUUGA